AUCUAAUAUUUUCAUUUUGUUUUCCAUAUAAAUACAGAGCUCAAAAAAACUCAAAGCAUCAAAUUCCAUCCGCCAUAGCUGAAACAGAAGACAGCUUCAAAAAGAUAAAAGCCAUGGGUAGGAAGAGAAAGGUGGUUACAGAUAUGGCAACAGAAGAUGAAACAAUGGGUUGGGAUGAAAUGGUGAAACAAGCCGCCGCAGCAACCGCCAGUCUUGGCGGUAUUAGGAGGGCGAGGAAGCGAUUCGUUGGCGUAAGGCAAAGGCCAUCGGGUCGAUGGGUGGCGGAGAUUAAGGACACGAUACAGAAAAUAAGGGUUUGGUUGGGCACUUUUGAUACGGCUGAAGAAGCCGCGAGGGCUUACGAUGAAGCCGCUUGCUUGCUUCGUGGUGCUAAUACGAGAACAAAUUUCUGGCCUUGUUCUUCAUCAUCAAUGAAUUCAACUCCAGCUCUUUCUUCAAAGAUCAGUAAUCGUCUUCUUCAAAGGAUUCAAGCUAAGAAUAAUUCGUGUUUUCCAUUGCCAACUCCUUCACCACCGCCUGUUAGUGUCACUGUGAACGCCUGUGUUAGCCAGCAGCCAUUGUUGCAGCAGGUCGAGGAUGAUAAUAAUCAUGGUUUCCUUGAUGUCCUUGAGGAUUUUUCGAUUUCGAAUGAUGAACUUUUCAAUACAAAGAGUGUGGAAUCGUGUUUGACUGAUAACGAAGACUGUUCCAACUCCAAGAGAGAAUUGGAUUGGAGUUCCCCUUCUAAUGAUGAUGAUUUGGGGGAUGAAGGAACAUUGGAUUUCCAGUUCGUGGAUGAGAUUGGAUUUGGGCCAUCUUAUUCCUGUUCACCAUUUCAGUUGGCUGAAGAGCUUGAAUCACCAACAAUGGCGGCCGAGAUUCUAGCAGAUGAACACUCGAUGAUAUCAUAUGAAAGAAAAUUCUCAGCUUCACUCUAUGCAUUCAAUGGGAUCCCAGAGCUUUUGAAGCGAAAGCUUGGUUCAGAAGCUGCCAUGGCAGAACGAAGAUCAGAACAGUUGUCAGCACUUCGAAAUGCAUGCAAAAAUAACAACAAAAGGGUGAAGCAAGAUGAUUUGGGAACAAAACAAGAGGAAAGGCCACAAAGUUCAUUUGAUUCAUUGAGUUCAAUGGAUAUGGUGGAGCCAUCUUCAAGUGGGAAUCAUGAUGGUGAAUCGCUUUGGAGCUCACUUGAUCUUCCACCCAUUAUCGCUUUGUUAACCAGCUGAUAUGGGGAUUUUCAUUUCAUAACUUGUAGUAUUCAUUAAUCUAUAUUCCAUCAAAUGCUGAUCUUUUAUAUGUUUACAUUUUCUAUUAUAGAACAAACACAUGUAUGAGAAAUCUUUGAAAUUUAAGAGUCUUGGAGUUAAAAAAAAA